GAUCCCCGCUGUCAUCAUUACCGCAUCUUCCUGCCUCGUUUGUGGCAAACACCUAACGCUAGCCAGCUAGCUAGCUUUUGUUUCACAUGUGCUCAGGUUGCACUCGUUUGAUGUGGAGGUAGGUUAGCCUUUUGUGAAACUAAAUAAUACUAUCGUGUUUUUAAUAAACUGCAUUACGCUGUGAGGGUUAGGCCCCGCCCACCCGAAGAGGUAAACAAAGUAUAUCGUCACCUAAAGUGAUCGAGCUGUUACACGGCGGCCAUCGUCACCCAGCUCAAACUGUCGCCUGUAAAUGGAAAUAACAACCAUUUCGCUAUGAAUUGCCGCUCAGAGGUUCUUGAAGUGACGGUGGAGGCCAGGCAGGUGGAAGAAGCUAUGCUGGCUUUGCUGCAUACCAUUUUACUGCAUCGCAGCUCUGGUAAAUUUCACUACAAAAAGGAGGGCACCUACUCCAUUGGCACCGUGGGAACGCUUGAUUUCGACUGCGACUUCAUCGAUUUCACGUUUGUCAGGGUGUCCUCGGAGGAGCUGGACAGAGUGAUCAGAAAAGCUGUGUCUGAAUUCAAGGAUGCGUUGAGCAACUCUGGCAGUGAUGGCAUGGGGCAAAUCUCCCUGGAGUUUUACCAGAAGAAGAAGUCUCGCUGGCCCUUUUCUGACGAGUGCAUCCCCUGGGAAGUGUGGAGCAUCAAGGUCAACGUUGUCAACCUGGCCAACGAGCAGGAGAGACAGAUCUGCAGGGAGAAAGUGGGCGAGAAGCUGGGCGAGAAGGUGAUCAACGUUGUUGAGGUCAUAAACCGCCACGAGUACCUACCAAAGAUGCCCACCCAGUCAGAAGUGGACAAUGUUUUCGACACCAGUCUCAAAGAUGUUCAGCCGUACCUUUACAAAAUCACAUACCAGAUCACAGACUCUCUGGGCACCUCUGUGAGCACGACAAUGAGGAGGCUGAUUAAAGACACUCUGGCUCUGUGAGGAUGCUCCAAGACAGAGAGCAGAAAGAUCUGGGCGAUUCUAUCCAUGACUGUUUUUUAUAGUGAUAGCCUGACAACUCUUCUUUUUUUUUUUAUGUUCAGAAACACAAUUUGACAGCUGUACUGUCAGUGUAAGCACCUAAUCAGUAACUUAGUUUGUUGUCUCUGCUGUGGUUUUGGUAUUGCUUGUACCUAAGAAUCUUGAUAAUGUAAUGUUGAUUAAAAAGAUACUUUGUUUUUGCAAGCUA